GUAAACUAUUUGUAAUACAAUGAUAUAUUUCAUACACUGUGUUGUAAUUAACAUUGUAAAUUGUAAUAAAGGUUUUUCUUAAGCUAUUGUUGUAAUAACUGCAUUGUUACAGACUUAUUAUGCCAUGAUGAACUUUUGUAGCCAGUGUUUCUUCUGUCUUCCUGUGGAUGUAAAACCUAGUGUACAGUUGCCGGUGCUGAGUCUGAUUCGCUGCAUCUGAAUAAGCUCCCACAAUUCAACAGGCAACAAAGGAAGAAAGGAAGAGGCCGUGAGCUACUAAGUGUUAGCCAAACCAGGCUGUGAGAUGACACCUUGUUGUGUCACUCUGGUCGCCUUAGUAAACGCAUACCUUACGAGAACUGUACCUUAUCCGAGCAUACAAAUGCUAUACCCUUUCGUAUGGACGCAGAGGUGGAUAUAAGGAAGGUACCGACAAUGUUUUUACCAACAAAAGCUAACAAAGCUAGCAAAGUGGCUUAGCGAGGAAGCUAACAUUAGCCAAGAAACGCCAAGAAACGAACCUUUAAUGUUUUUUAUACGCCGGAACGAUAUCGCCGUCGCUGGGUUGUUUUGUAAAAAAGGACGACCGGCAUCACAUGAAAGGUGGUGGAAGUGCAACUUGACCCCAUCCAACUGAGUCACCAUUUUCCUGCACAUAAUGGGUUCGAUGCUUCCAUUGUAUGCAUGACUUGUUUUGUGUGGCCUGAUGGGAGGACUCUGUGGAUAGUACUUUCAUCAGGAUACCAACAGAGACUUCCCAUGCCGCCACGUUGGAGGGCCUGCCAGAAUGAAGAAAAUAAGCCUUAAGACCAUCCGCAAGUCCCUCAACAUAAAGGGCAAAGAGGAGGGUGACUUUGUCAUGCUCCAGCAGUCUGCGGUGACACCUGAGUUUUCUAAGGAGGAGUCACUUUUUGGGGGCUGCUACACCAAAGAGCUCUCCAGCUGUGACCUUGUCGGAGAAGAAGACAAGGGUGGUCAAAACAAGGGCCGCUCAAAAAGUGAGGGUCUGAUGGUAUCUCUAAAGAGAAGACUUUCUUCCAAGCAGAAGCCAAAAGUAAAAGGUGGUUCUUCUGCCAUAGGCUCUGUUGAUGAUGAUGACACCUUCUCAUCCUCUUCUGUGCCCAUUACCUUCAAUGAGGUGAAAGCCCAGCGGCCUCUCAGAUCUGCAUCCCUACGUAGUCACCAUUAUAGCCCUGCACCAUGGCCUUUGCGAUCCGUCAACUCUGACGACUCGUGCAUUAAGAUGGAGGUGAAGGUUAAAGCCAUGGUUCAUUCACCCAGCCCUAGUCCCAGUUUAAAUGGUGUCCGGAAAGAGUUUCAUGAUUUCCAGAUGGAAGGGCUCUUUCAGGAUCAAGCGGAAUCCUUAAAGAAUCUCCAGCAGCCACAAAAUGGUGAUCUGCAUCUAAAUAUUGAUGAAAACGAUGUGCCUGUGGUACUGGGGUUGACACCCCAGGACUACAUCCAGUACACAAUGCCUUUAGAUGAGGGAAUGUACCCAGAAGGUUCCCACUCAUUCUGCCUGGACAGCACAUCUCCCAUGGAGGUGGUCGCUGAAGCAGACACUGGGUCCCUCCACACAGACCAGGGACCGGAUGAACACAAACUGGUUAGUGGAAUGCCUCCAGAUCUUUUUAUGGAAACCUCAGUUAAUAGUUUUCUCAGUUCUGCUAGUGUGAUGCUCCAAAGCUCAAGAGUAGAGGUUCCCCCUCCUCUCUCUCCACUCCUGCCGCCCAUGACAAAUAAUGGACACAUCCCAAGGACUUUUUCAGGGUUCAGCUCUACGGACAGCCAGGUAGCUGAGAGGGUAAGACAUCACCUGAACUUUGACCCCAACUCUGCUCCUGGGGUCAGUCGGGUGUAUGAUUCAGUCCAAAGCAGUGGGCCAAUGGUUGUGACCAGCCUGACAGAGGAGCUGAAGAAGCUGGCAAGGCAGGGCUGGUACUGGGGGCCCAUAACACGCUGGGAAGCAGAGGAAAAGCUUGUUAACUUGGCUGAUGGCUCAUUCCUAGUGCGCGACAGCUCAGACGACAGGUACCUGCUUAGCCUAAGUUUCAGGUCACAGGGCAAAACCCUGCACACCCGCAUUGAACACUCCAAUGGACGCUUCAGUUUCUAUGAGCAGCCCGAUGUUGAGGGACAUACGUCUAUUGUGGACUUAAUAGAACACUCUAUCAAAGACUCAGAGAAUGGAGCUUUUUGCUAUUCCAGGUCUCGCGUACCAGGGUCUGCAACCUACCCUGUCAGGCUAACCAACCCAGUAUCUCGGUUUAUGCAAGUGCGCUCCCUGCAGUACCUUUGUCGUUUUGUCAUUAGACAAUACACAAGAAUAGACCUGAUCCAGAAACUGCCCUUACCCAACAAAAUGAAAGAUUAUCUCCAGGAGAAGCACUACUGAGGACACAUACAGGACAGCGGUAGCAAUUUUGCACUUUUGUGUUCAGUUCAGACAUUUAAACCUGAUUUACAGACAACCAUAAAUUUAAAACAACUGGCUCUGGUGGCUCUUGUUUCUGUCCAUGUGACACUGUCACUGUUAAGUCCUCCAUUCCACACUUUUUUUUAAACUGAUUUUAAAAGGCUCUUCUUCCACAAACAUUUUUCAUGGCAAAAACAUUGAGUAAAAAGUAACUAUCAAGUUUCAUGGACCUACAUUACACAUUACACGUUACGCAUUUAUUGGGAUGUAUUGUCAAGUCGACAUACAGUUGUGCAAAUGGAAUAGAUAUUUUUAUUUGCAUUAAGGUAGGGCCAGUAGAAAUAUUAUUAACAUCAAACCUGUUUAGUUUGAAAAUGCAUUGAGUUGUCUUCACCAUAUUGUACCUUUCAGAUGAUUUUUAGGUAUACGGUAUUACUACAGUAAAAUUUUUUAAUCCAAUCUUAAACUUUCUGCAGACUGAUCAGUUUUGUUCAUCUUUUGCUUCUGAUAAAUAUGAAGCACCUCUGACAUUUUAUAUUUGUCAGUAUGACCAGACUUCAAAUCAGACCAUUACACACUAUCCAGAGAGUACAUAUUGAAAAGCCUGGUAUUAUUAUAAUUAUGUGAGAAGAAUGAAAGCCUUAUGUCCCUCAAGAUACAUUUAUUCCAGUUUAAUGUACCAGUUUUAUGGUAAAGUCGUCAUGUACAUCAUAUCUGUGACAUACAUCUUCUAAGGCUUUUACUUUUGCCAUUUUCACUCUCAAACAUGUAUUAGUUAAUACGGAGUUUAUCCCUUAAGAGUGGAACAAAACUACCAUAUAUAAUACAGACAGAUUGAUGCGCUCAGCUCUUGUGUAAAUCCAAACAUUAAAACAAAUCACUGUCUGUAUGUACAUCAGUUGAAAUUAUAGCCACUGUACAAUAUAAGUGUAGAAUUCUCAAAAUGUUGUAGACACCUUAAAAAAAUCAGGUCCAUUGCAGAUUUUAGUUGCACAAGAUGUUCAAAACAUUUCAGUCUGUCAAAGGCUUUAAACAGUUGGUCAGACAGUAGCUUUAAAUUGUAUGGCUGCAUGUAGCCAUUAUGUAAUGUGCAAGCGUAAAGGUACUAAUGAUGCUGGAUUUUCCUACUGUGCUGUUUAUAGUUACAGCAUCGAGUUGACGUGUAAAUCUUUUUGAAAUGUUAAGACUAAAAACCUAAUUUUUCUGCAUUAGGAAUGUUACUAAAAGUGCACCGCAGCUCAGGCCCUACAUCUUUGUCACUGUCUGUAAUGCUUGUAUCUGCAUGUAGUAAAGGCUUUAAGACUAUUGAUUAGGGACAAUGUAGAGUAACUCUCAAUGAGAAAGACAUUACACUAAGAGGGUGUAGGUUUUGGUGUCAUAAAACAAAGCAUUUCUGAGUGAAAGGCUAUUGCACAAUUAUAUUUACUGAACAGUGUCAGAUGAGAUGUAAAAAUAUUGCCUUCCGUAUCCCUGUCACUAAACAACAAUCUGUAUGCAGGGAGCGGCGUGUCUUGGUAUAUUCAUGCCAGCAACCCAAAAGUCAAAAUAAUUCCUGAAUGGAGAAAGCUUAAGUGAAGUUGUUUGGACAAGUUAGGGUUAAAUCUUCCUCACCGACCUGGAGCAGUGUCAGAUUUCCAGGGGUUUUGCAAAUGACAAAAAAAUUCCAUCACAGCUGCAUGGCAUCAUUAGUGUCACAUUGGUCUCAAGGACAUUUCCAAAAAAACAGUACAGUUUUUUUUGCCAUAGCUGCUUUUGUCCCCAGUCUCCACUGUGCUGCAUUAUCUCACAGAUUGUCUCACUACCGGGCUGUGUCUGUGCCAGAGAAAAGGGAAGAGCACACACUACGCUACGCAAGUGCUUUAUAUGGAUACUCUGACAGGGAAUUGUUUUUCAUAUUAUGAAUGCGCAUCUUCUUUUCUGACAUCAGUGUCCUUAAAAGUAUUUGGGAAAUGGUCCCUCAGACAACUUUGGUAGGUUGUAGCGUAUAGUUCUAGUUUUAGUUAGUUAGAUAGUUAGAUAUGUUGGUGUCUGAGAAAGUUAACCAUGAGUCUAGCACAGCAGAAAUUCGAUAGGAACUCUCAGUGGUGUUGCAUGUUUAAAGACUUAGCAUUUUAAAGCUUUGAAUUGUAUAGGAAUGAAGGAUCUAGAAUGUGUUUGGCUGUGUUAAAGAGUGUUUUUGUUUCGUCACAAACUUUGGCUGGACAUUCUGUGUACAAGAUGUUUUUUGUGUUUGAGUUUUUUCAUUAAUGUUUUUUUGAUUUGCCAUCCUGAGGAUGAGGCUGUACAAAAGGAAUGUGUGGUUGUUGGAGGUAUCCAUGUGAUUUGCCUGCAAACCAGUUUCAGAAAGCUUCAAAAUCAAAAUAUCUACAUUGUUUGUUUUUUUUUUGCACUCAAAAAAACCUUUGUGACAUGCUCUGAAACCUCUCCUGCUAACUGUCCUACAGGUGGCGUUUGGAAAAAAAAAA